AUGACGACAGAACAGCUUCAACAGCACUCGCUCUGGUGGACGGGACCACCGUGGAUCACGCAACCACAGAACGCAUGGCCCACUCAGACCAGUGUAGACGCAGACGAGCUAGGAGCUCCAGAAGCUCGUGCUGUGGUUUCACUGCACACGUCUAACGCAAACGCAAAGGAAUAUUCAUGGGAACUGAUCUAUAAAUAUUCUUCCUUUCACAGACUACUCAGAAUCACCGCUCUUUGCCUCAAAUUCGUGGACAAGCUGUUCAAACGACAGGACGCUUCGCCUACGCAUUUUAUCUCAGCAGCUGAUAUGGAGAAGGCCAGAAUCUACUGGAUUCAGGCCACGCAGUCCGCAUUCUUCAAAGACGAACUCGCUGCACUCGCCAAGGGAACAACGCUUCCAACAACUCAUCCAUUCACGAGGCUCACCGCUUACCUCGACCAUCAAGGAAUCGCCAGGGUAGGCGGACGCCUCCAACAUUCAGAACUCUCGCACGAUGGCAAACAUCCUGUUAUUUUGCCUCGUGAUUCACGACUCUCUGCACUGCUCAUCGACCACGCACAUCGUCAGACCAUGCAUGGAGCUGUUCAUCUGGAAGUUGUCACCGAUUACUCAGCCGACGCGUUCAUCGCAGCCUUUCGCAGAUUCGCAGCAAGGAGAGGAACUGCAGCCUCUCUCUACUCAGAUUGCGGCACCAACUUCCAAGGAGCAGACGCGCAGUUGCAGAAACAGUUCAAGGACAGCACACGCGAAAAUCAAGACCUCGCAGCUUUACUCGCCAAGGAUGGUACGCAGUGGCACUUCAACCCUCCUGCCGCUCCACACAUGGGUGGAAAAUGGGAAGCGGUGGUCAAGUCUCUCAAAUUCCAUCUGAAGAGAACGAUUGGGGAUGCCUUGCUGACGUUCGAGGAAUCAAUAACAUUGCUCGCGCAGAUCGAAGCCAUCCUCAAUUCAAGACCGUUGGAACCACUCAGCGAUGAUCCAGACGACCUCUCAGCCCUUACACCAGGACAUUUCCUGAUCGGAUCGCCGCUCAACGCAGUGCCAGAGCCCACGCUUCUCGACGUCUCAGUCAACCGAUUGUCAAGGUGGCAAUUUCUGCAACAGCGUCCCCAACAGUUUUGGAGGCUCUGGUCCACGCAUCAAUCCAGCCAGAUCCAGUGGCUGUUAACAGUUGGCCGAAUCGAUUCCGCGGAAGCAAACCGACAUGGCAGGCGUCGCCUGGGUGUAUCGCCUAAAGAAGGACCAGGUAGUCAGCGAGCUACGCAGACUACAGCAGCCAACCCUGGGAACAUGGGUCCACCUCCGGACGCGUCUGGCAGACUACGUCCGAGAACACCCGGACGAGUUUCCAGACAAACCGAACGAUGA